AGGAGCUGGAAGAGCACAGUACAAGACUGAUAGCUUCAGAGAUUCAGCCCUCCUUUGUCCCCUGAGCAGCUCUCGUUUGCCUCCUUCCAAUUGCUCUUGAGCAGCCACCUGUUCCGAGCUGCCUGCAACUGCCCCACCCCCCAGCCUUUCCCAGUACACGGAGCUGAGCUGCGUGGGACCCCUGGCCAGGCCUGGUUGUGUUCCUGCUCCAGGACAGUUUUGAAGCCAGGAGCUGUCGCUGCCUGUUUGUUUGUACCAAGACACUAUGUAUGGCAACAGAUCAUAAAUAAGAAACAAGCCCCUGAUGAGAGAGCAGCCGACUCCCGCCAGCACUGACCCCUGCCAGCAGCCAUCUGCAAACUCCAGGCUGCCCACUUCCUGGAGGGACAUGUGCUGGAGGUGAAGAAAGAGCCCACCUGAGCUCAGGAAGCAGGAAUCAAGGCCCUCCGUGGGCCAGGAACUGUCUGGUUCCCGGCCUGGCUGUGCCACUAAGCCAGGAGACUUGGAGCCAGCUUCCUGGAAUCUGUGACUUGCUCCCCAUCACCUUCUCCAAGCGAGGGACCGACGCCUGGCUUGCUGUGUGGGACCAUAAGGACUGAACAGCAGUGAAUUUUGCCGUGUAUCUUGGCUACCUUCAUUAUGACCAAGGCAGCCUUCCAGUCCCCAGACCACCACUUUCUGCCUUUUUGACUCUCCCACACGCCAGCAGUACUAACAGGCAAUCCUGGCAAAACGGUAACCAAGUCCAAGAAGUUCGUUUGCCGACAGGGUGGUUCCCCCCUCUCUCCACCCCUCUAGUCUCUCUGCCCAGCAGUUCCCCUAAAAUUCCUCCCUCCAAACUGUUCUCCAAAAUUCACUUGCUGGGGCUUCCUUCUUGGCUGGCUGACACCUGCAACAACAGGAAAGACCCAGGGUUUCAGGCCACAUCAACAGCCAUCACAAUGUGGCCACUCAUCAAGCUGGCUGCCAGGGCAGUGGGCACUGGGCUUGGACAGUGGAGCCCAGCUCUGGGCGCCCCACCCAGCACCUCUGGAUGCAGGCAGGCAGCCGCUGGGGCUGUGGACAGAGGGAGUGUUUGCCCGGACACGUGUUGCUUCUGGGGCAAGGGCCCUGGGGCAGCCGGCAGCUCUGCGGGCUGUCCACCCCUGACUGCUCCGCUCAUGCCCAGCGUGUGACUGUCCCCACAGCAGCUGGCCGGGCUCUUGCCCUUCUCAGAGCCCCUGGUCCCAGGCUCUUGCCAGGCCCUGAAGGCUGAGUAGCCAGCGGGAUGCCUGGCCUGCUGAACCAGGUCACAGGGGCAGCCCUGCCCCUCACUGCAUCUGAUGUCACCUCCUUCGUCAGCGGGUACGCCCUGGGUCUGACCGCCUCCCUCACCUACGGCAACCUGGAAGCCCAGCCUUUCCAGGGCCUUUUCGUAUACCCCCUGGAUGAGUACACCACGGUGAUCGGCUUUGAGGCUGUCGUUGCCAACCGCGUCGUGACAGUACAGGUCAAGGACAAAGCCAAGAUGGACAGCGACCACUUGGAUGCCACCCAUAUCAGAGGCACAACUGUCACAGGAAACCUUCUGCAAGAUGGGAUUUCCAUCACCCCUCAUUCCUACACACCGGGGAAGGUGGCUCUGGAUGAGGAUUUGGAGCGGAUCCUGUUCGUGGUCAACCUGGGGACUAUUGCUCCCAUGGAGAACGUCACCAUCUUCGUCAGCACCUCCUCUGAGCUCCCAACACUGCCCAGUGGGGCUGUGCGCGUUCUGCUGCCUGCUGUCUGCGCCCCGACCGUGCCCCAGUUCUGCACUGAGAACAGCAGCCCCUCCACCCUACAGGCCCCAGGUAAAGACAGGCAUUGUUUUGGCACCCGGGCCCUGGAUUCCUGGAACAAGUUGUGCCUGGCAACUCUCCUGGACACUGAAGUGUCCAACCCCAUGGAAUAUGAGUUCAACUUCCAGCUGAAGAUUCGCGGGCCAUGCCUGCUUGCAGGGGUGGAGAGUCCCACCCACGAGAUCAGAGCCGAUGCUGCCCCGUCCGCAUGCUCGGCCAAGAGCAUCAUCAUCACCUUGGCCAACAGGCACACCUUCGACCGGCCCGUGGAGAUCCUCAUCCACCCCAGCGAGCCCCACAUGCCGCACGUCCUGAUGGAGAAAGGGGACAUGACCCUGGGAGAGUUUGACCAGCACCUGAGGGGAAGAACAGAUUUCAUUAAAGGGACGAAGAAGGACAGCAGUGCAGGGCGAAAGACAGAAAUCAUCCGGAGACGCCUCCACAAGGAUAUCCCCCACCAUUCUGUCAUCAUGCUCAACUUCUGUCCCGACCUCCAGUCAGUCCAGCCGAACCUGAGAAAGAGCCAAGGGGAAUUUAUCUUCCUCAUUGACAGGAGUGGCAGCAUGAGUGGGACCAACAUCCACCGCGUCAAGGAUGCCAUGCUGGUAGCCCUUAAGAGCCUCAUGCCAGCCUGCCUCUUCAAUGUCAUCGGGUUUGGAUCCACAUUUAAGACCCUCUUCCCUUCCAGUCAGACCUACAGUGAGGAAAACUUGGCCACUGCCUGUGACAACAUCCAGAGGAUGCGGGCUGACAUGGGUGGCACCAACGUCCUCUCCCCUCUCAAGUGGAUCAUCCGGCAGCCUGUGCACCGAGGCCACCCGCGGCUUCUCUUCCUGAUCACAGAUGGUGCCGUUAACAACACUGGGAAGGUGCUAGAACUGGUGCGAAACCAUGCCUUCUCCACCAGGUGCUAUAGCUUUGGAAUUGGACCCAACGUCUGCCACAGGCUGGUGCAAGGGCUGGCAACUGUGUCCAAGGGCAGUGCUGAGUUCCUGGUGGAGGGGGAACGACUGCAACCCAAGAUGGUUAAAUCCCUGAAGAAGGCCAUGGCCCCAGUCUUGAGUGACGUGUCUGUGGAGUGGGUCUUCCCUGAGACCACCGAGGUCCUGAUCUCACCUGUCAGCACCAGCUGCCUCUUCCCUGGAGAACGGUUGGUGGGGUAUGGCAUUGUGUGUGAUGCCUCCUUAUACAUCUGCAAUCCCAGAUCUGAGUCUGGCAGCUCUGUCUUCUACCAUGCCCAAGAUGAGGGGCCCAGCCCAGACAGCAGAGACUGUGCCAGGAGUUUGGGUGCACCCUUCACCCUGAGGCAGGCCAAAGACGCCCGGCCAUCCGGUGAAGACUCCACCAUCAAUCCUAGUCUGGACCACUCCCAGCGACGGCGGGCAUAUAGCGCCAACCAGAUCACCAACUGCAAGCCCUCCCCAAGGACCCCCACAGCCAGUGACCCCACGGUGGCUGCCAGGAAACACCCACUGAGGAAAGCUAAGCUGCAAGACCUUACCAACCAGCCCAGCCCAGAUGCCUUGCAGUGGCAGAUUGAUUUGCAGCCCUUGCUGAACAGUGGCCCAGACCUGAGCCAGGGCCUUAAACUCCGGGGCCCAGGAGCCCGCAGGCCCUCUCUGCUGCCCCAAGGCUGCCAGCCAGCCCUGCCUUCCUGCCGGGAGUCCCAGGCCUGGAACCCCAUGAGAGAGCUGGAUUUUGGGUCCAGCCUGAAGGCUUCCUCAGACAGACGCAGCCCUGGGGACCUGGAGCCGUCUCAUCACCCCUCAGCCUUCGAGACCGAGACGUUCUCGGACUGGGAGCCCCUGGGUGAGUCGGAGGAGCGGGUCAGUCCCGGCAGGCCAGCUACCCCACGCCCCGUGUUGGGCAAGGCCGUUGUCAAGGGCCUGCGCGACAGCCAGAGUUUCCAGUGGGAGGUGAGUUUCGAGUUGGGCACCCCCGGCCCCGAGCGCGGCGGCGCGCGCGACGCCGACCUGUGGAGCGAGACCUUCCACCAGCUGGCGGCCCGCGCCAUCAUCCGCGACUUCGAGCAGCUGGCAGAGCGCGAGGGCGAGAUCGAGCACGGGUCUGGCCGCCGCUACCAGAUGAAUGCCGUGCACACCAGCAAGGCCUGCAACAUCAUCAGCAAAUACACAGCCUUUGUGCCUGUGGACAUGAGCAAGAGCCGCUACCUGCCCACCGUGGUGGGGUAUCCUGACUCUGAUGCAUUUCGGAUGGCCAGCCCUCAGGUCCUGACCCGACAGUGGAGGAGCACCUCUGCUGGCUUUGGACGGUCCCAGACCAUGCCCAGGGAAGACUCGGCAGCAGGAGACGGAGUAUUUCACAACCUCAGUGUGGAGGACAGCCUCACCACGCCCUUCAGCGAGACCAGGUCCCCAGGCCGUGAGAAGUAUGCUGCCUCUGAAGGUCCCCUGCGCAGUUUGGCCACCCACACGCUCUCUUCCUUGAAGGCCUCAGAGGCUCUCUUUGGAUCCAGGAUGAAUCUCAACAAGUCCAGGCUGCUGAAACGAGCUGCCAAGGGCUUCCUGAGCAAGCCGCUGACUAAGGCUCCAGAGUCAACCCCAGGUAGCCAGAGCUUCGACUAUGUCCCACUGGUGUCUCUGCAGCUGGCCUCCGGAGCCUUCCUGCUCAACCAAGCCUUCUAUGAGGCCAUCCACAUCCCCAUGGAGAAGCUCAAGUGGACCUCGCCCUUCACAUGCCACCGAGAGUCCCUCACCGCCCGCCAGCCUGAGUCUAAGACCCCAAGUCCCCACAGCUUCUCCCCGAAGCCACUGGUGAAGGGCAAGCCGGGCUGGGAGCCCAAGGCUGUGACAGAACACGCAGGGAAGCUGUGGGCUACAGUGGUGGCGCUGGCGUGGCUGGAGCACAGCUCAGCUUCCUACUUCGUUGAGUGGGAGCUGGUGGCCGCCAAGGCCAACUCGUGGCUGGAGCAGCAGGAGGUGCCGGAGGGCCGCACGCAGGGCACGCUGAAGGCUGCCGCCCGCCAGCUGUUCGUGCUCUUGCGGCACUGGGAUGAGAACCUGGAGUUCAAUAUGCUUUGCUAUAACCCAAAUUAUGUGUAGUCGGGGGAAGGGAGACUGGGACAGCGGAGGAGAGGGAGGGGACCGUUUUGGCCUGGUCGGGGGAAUUUUUGAAGCUGUAGCCAAUAUAUUGGUUGCUAGAAAGAGCCCUGGCCUGACAAUCAGGAGGCCCGACUUCAGUUCCAGCAUUGCUACCAUCCAGCUUUGUGACUUUAGGGUCAGCCUUGCCCCCUGCCUGGGCCUCCAUUUCCUCACUUAUACACAUAAGUGGGUAAGGUGAGGGAGUUAGUCCAGAUCUCUAGAAGGUUCCAAGGCUCCUUUUUCUGCUCAGACAUGCAUGCAGCAGUGGGGUUUACAGCCAGUAAAUUCAGGGGGGUUGGAAGAGAGAACACAAUUUAAACCUGAGUUCUCUCUGGAGAAGGAUUUCAUGGGCAAUGCCCCCCUCAAAUAAACGUGUAGAUGAGCGAACCCAAAGGCUGCAGAUAACCAGACAUGCAAGCUUGCAUCUAGGUACAUGGAGCCCACCUCUGGCUGCUGCAUUGUAGGAUAGGCACCUGCUUCCAUGGUGAUGGCCCAAAACCCCCAAAUCCCAUGUAUAAACCAACUGGAGAACUAUACUUUUCAACAACUUACAAAAGAGUCCCCCGGGACUCUUUCUUUUGGCUUGGAAGUCCUUAGUAUACUUUAGUAUUGGUUGACCAAUUAUUUGUGACUUCCUACCUAAGAAGAGGAGGUGGUCAGGACAAAGAGGGCACCCUGCAAGCUGAGAUGUUAGAACUAAUCUACAAUUUAUGCAAAGAUAGUCCAAAAGAAUAGACAUGGUCACAGAAUUCAGUGGAGAAAGCAGACAGCAACUUAAAUAACUCACACACUUGCAGGAACUGUGCAAUGCAAACUCUAUGCUUGGGCUGAGAGGCUAGAGAAGCACCCAGCAUCAGCUGCAUUCUGGGACAGGGGGUCCUGUCUAGCCACAGAAUUUUGGAGAGAGGGGCCUUCUUGGCAACAGAAAACCAUGCUUGGCUGCAGUGCACUGGAUGGGAGCUCCACUUGGGAAGCGUGAUUUAUUUAAUGAAAUGAAGACAUGCUGCUUCAAGAGUCUUUGCCCCCAGGGACCUCCCCCUCUCAGGCCCACUGUGUGAUAGCUUUGGUGACAGGUGUAUCCCAGCCUCACAUUCCCUGGUGGCUGUACCCAUGGAGACUCCUCUGGAAGUGGAUCUGGACAUCCCCAAGGGAGCCCACCAGCUUGGGACCCCAGGGUGAACCUCCACACCCUGCACACCCACCUCUCCAAGGCCUUAGCCCUCCACAUCAAGUGGUCUCCGUGGGUCCUGCAGCCCUGGGGAAAAGCCCCCACAGAUUUUCCCCUUCAGGAAGAUCUGGAGGACUCUAUGGACCACACUGACUGUAGAGGACAUGUGGGCUCGGGCACACAGCCCAGCCUCAUGAAGACUAAAAUGCCGAGUCUUAGCAGGGGCACGGUGAGGGGCAGAGGGCCUCCAGCAGAAGGCUCAUUGAGUAUGGAGAAAAGGCAGCCCCAGCAGGGUGGGGUACCUGCCCCACACAGUCCACCCCUCCAUGCCAAGCCCAGCUAUACCACCACACUUCCCAAGAGCCGCUAUCCCCACACAAGCCCUCCUGAGGCUCUCACAAAAAGCCAGUGAUCCAUCCCCCAGGGAGGGGAGGGGGCUGGAGACUUGAUAUAAAAUCCCAUCUGUUGCAUGGCUGGCUAACCUACUUCAGAUUCACCGCCUGGGGAGGACCCCAGUCACCAACACCAUGGCCACCACAGCCCCGGGGGGAAGCAUACUAGUCUGGGGUGCUGGCUCAUAGUCGUUACUCAAAGUCAAGACGGUGUGACUGCACUUGGUAACACUACUGCAGCUAUGCAGCCAGCAGCCCCAGCGGCAGCCUGAGGAGGGCGGAGCGUGGCAUCCCCUGGUUGGCCCAGUGUAAAUGGGAACAUUGUCAGGCUGAGACUUGGAAUCCCUGGCACUAGUUUGGGCAAGUGGCUUCCCCUCUCUGGGUGCCCUGGAGCCAGAGGGUUUCCCUGCCCUGGCAUUCCCAGAUUCUCUGCCUCUGAGAUGUUUCCCUGUGUUAGUGACCAUGAACUUGCUGUAAUUAUCUGUGUGACCUUGAAAAAGUCACAUGGGGUUUCUGGGCCUCUCUCCUUCUCUAACUAGAAUAGGUUGGACUGGGCUGACCAGCCUCCCAAUUAACCUGAUUCUGGGUCUCCAGGCUCAGUGUGGACAAUAAUCAGGGAUCAAGGUGGCCCAGCAUGUGCCCAGUGUGGAACUAGUGCUGUAAGACACCUGCAAGGAGUCAUGGAGAAAGCCAGCAAGGCGGUGGGCCCACCACCUGCCUUGGGAACCUCCUCAGACCCCAAUCCAGUAGCAGCUGCUGGAGCUCUGGACAACUUGGAUGCGUAAGCAAAUUGCGGACCUCCACACUCCCUGGCUCCCCUGCCCAGCACUCAGAGGUACAGAAGAACAAAUCUUCAUUGAUUUCAAUAACCCAAGGGCUUUGGGGGAUAUCUAGAUGAAAGAUAUUUUUUAGUGAACUUCAAUGAUAUAGAGAAGACACACAGUGUUAGGAAUCUGUUUCCAGGAUUACCAAACAGGAUGGAACGAACUAGCUUUAAGAAAAAGGUAAGAACCUUAGGUGGCCGGCAUGCAUAUUAAAGCUGAAAUGGUUUGGAAGGUUCUCAAGUAGGUGAAACAUUGCCCCUGCAAUUGGGAUUAAUUUGGAUUAAUCUAAAUUCUUUGUUAAAGUAGCCCUUGCUUUCUAAAUCAAUCAAAGGGACAUUUAAGCCCUGCCUGACUGAAGACUGAGAAGAGUACAAAUGCCUAAUCGCACUUUAGAGGGAAGAACACUGAGCCGAUUGCUGAGGAACUUAAGUGUUGGCCUAAACUCCACCAGUAGGCUGUGUGACUUUUGGCAAGUUGCUUGCUAUCUCUGGGCCCCAUAGAUCAGCAUGUCCAGCAUUAUUCUUUGGUUCAUAUGUGAAUUGGCAAUUCAUGAGAAACUGUCUUAUCUGCCAAUAUGUUGGGAAAACACUAGGCAAACAUUUCUUUAGGUCAGGGUGACUCAGUUGCGUAAAUAUGUAAGUAUUCAUUCAAGUGUACUGUCAGUCUCCAAUGAGGUGGCUCAGGAGGUGGCUCUCCCUGUGUUAUUCCAUCGGGAAAUACUGGUCUACAUCUCUCAGAAUCCUUUGGGCACUAACCUUCAAAAGGCCUUUAUUGAUUACCUGUUAUAUGCCAGACACCAUGAGGUAGCAUAGUGAAAUAUCAGGGGGUGUUUUUGUCCAUUUUGGAGCUUGGUGAGAAGCAUCUGAAGAACAUCUGCUCCAGGAACCAUCUCCCCACUCCCAGCUUUCCAGGUGGGUGUGUCUUGACCAGCCCCAUCCCAAACCUGUGGUCCUGCCGUCUGUGAGUGUGGCCUCACACGAGUGUGGUCGGGCACCACGUACACUGCAGGCCAGCCCCCUGAGCCGUCUGUGCUCACUGAGGCGGGGAGUAAAGGUGAGCCGAGCAGCGCACGGUACUGUGCUGCCAGAGUGAGGCUGCAUGGGCCUCUGGCAGGAGCUCCCUAUGUGGGCCUCCUUGUCCAGGCGAAACGAGGGGGUCCCUGCAACAAAGUGGCCCCCUGGGUCCAAGCUCCUGCCACACAGAGAGGCUGAGUCUGCUCUCUGAGACCCCUCAAGAGAGAGCUCCAGGUCCCGGGAAAACGGGAGCCUGUCCUUAGGCAGACCUACACCACACCUGUAAAUAAGCAGCAUCGGUUUCUAGCCGGCACUUGUUUUCCAAGCCUGUCCCCUGCCUGUGGACAACGUGAGUGACAUCUACUGCCCUCCACUGCCGUAACUGAUGGAGUAGCUGGUUCCCAGACUAGCCUCUGGGUGUUCCCACCCACGCCGCAGGUGUUCGAGAAAGCAAGGGUUUCUUUUCCUCCCUUCCAGCUGGUUCACCUGGAAUAGCCGUCAGAAAAGGCUUCUGGAAGUUUCCUCUAACUCCUGACUUUCCCUAAACUCCUAUUGGUCUCUACCCUUACUUGAAGACUUUCUUCCUCUCUCAGCUACUGUUCCCCUCUUUCUUCCUUGGCAGGGACUCCCAAUGAAAGGACGUGAGAAAGGGUCUCCCCCAGUCUGUGCGCAACCUCCCCCUGGUGAAUGGGUGGCAGCUGUGAACCUGGCUGGCUGGAGCCCAUGUGACACUCUAGCACCUGCCCUUGUGGGGUCCAAGGGCUGCCUCUCACUACCUGCACACUGGAACAGCUCCAUGUGGUCCCCGGACACAAUGCAUUCUGCAUCCGUAAUGGCCUGGGAAGGGAAAGAGAAGGGCCUUGCUACCCCAGGCAUAGGUUGUAUGUUCAUUGCCAUGGCAUCUGGAAGACUUUUUUUAAGCCAGCCUAGCAGGGACUAGAGAAAUCAACCAAAAAAACCGGGCACGUUCCCAGCUAUAGCAUGCUCUGCAGGGCCAGUGUAAAAAUAACCAGGGCAGGGGUCUGUGCAGCACUUUGCAGCUGGAUAAUCCAAUCUGCAGAGAUCGGUCCUAAGGCCAGGAGCUUGACAGGAUCUCCUGGCCAGGCCCCUGGCCCCCUACUGUGGAGCUCCCAGACCCACAUGUUUCCCAGCCUCCAGCCUGUUGGCUUUAGCUCCCAACGACACUGCCUCCCAGGUUACCUGACAAAGUGGGACUUCUCCUGAUCAUGCUGCAAAUCUCCUUGGCUCGGAGCCAGCUGUCUUGAGCUUACAGCUGCUUCCCAAGGCAAAGCGCCUCGUCUCAAUGUGGCCAAAUGUGGUGACACACGUGGUGUAGUUGCACUGUUUUGCCCAAGUGGCUUUGGCUCAAGUGGCAUGGCCGGUGCUUGUCCCCCUCAGAGCCUCAAGUGCCUAUAAUGUGCUGCCCCAGCCCCUUGCCUGCUCACCUGUAACGUCUCCACUUUGCCUGUGACACUUGUUCUUGGAAUACAUACCACCUUUUUGCCCAGUAGCCAGUUAUGUAGACAUUGUGGAAAUCUGGGACAUCAGCCAACUCAUGUCCACCAAUAAUUAGCAAAUCAUGCCCUGGGGCUUAUUUUGGUGGCUACAUUUGUCUUAGGCUUUUAGCUCAUAAAAACUGUUAAACCUGAUGAUAUGACAAAA